AUGGGAGUUAGGAAGACGUGGAAAGCUAGUAGAUAUUGGCGGAUUAUGUGUAAGGCGGAGGGGCUGGACUUAAUGCAGAUUGCUUGGGCAAUACAUGAGGAAUUCACACGUGAAGAGUAUGAAGUUUGGGCGAUUAUGGUUUGGCAAGUGUGGGUGUUCAAAUGCCGAUCCAAACAGGAGAAGACGAGGGUGAAGAACGAGGUGUCGGAGAGUGAAUGUCUGAUCUUAUGGGAGAGCUUCCAACGAGCAAAGUCGGCCUAUGCAUUGAAUACUGUUAUGGGGCUGGAAUAUGGAGAUAAAAAAUGGCAGCAGCCAAAGCGUGAUGAGUACAGGGUGGAUGUGGAUAUUUUGUAUGAUGAGAGUACUCAAGCUUUUGGUGUCGGUGUUAUUGCGAGAGAUGAGCAUGGCAAGAUUAUUGCUGCUUUGGCUAAGAGAACUCGCCCUACUUCUAACACGAUGGUCGCUGAGGUUAUGGCGGUAGUGGAGGGAAUUGUCUUUAGUAUUGAGGGUGAUCUACAGCCGAUACGCAUUUAUACUAAUUCUAUGUUAGCGGCGAGGGUAAUGGCUGAUCCUGCUGAGGAGGCGGUUUUUCUUCCCCAAGACAUCCGCGAUAUCUUGGAUGUGGCGCGAAGUAGUAUUCUUAUUGGGGUUUUCCACAUGUAUCGAUCUGCAAAUACUGCCGCUCAUAGUUUAGCGCAGUUUGCGCGCCAUUGUGAGCACCCGAUGAGGUGGACUCAAGAUUUUCCUACGUGGCUUAGGAACAUUGUACGGAAUGAUAUUGAGUAA